AUGAAGUCUCCAGCUACGAUUCUCCUAUCUCUACCUUUGUUAUUAGCACAGCUGAGCGCCGCGGCCUCGAUAGACUGCGAAAAUAUAGUUGUCGAUGGGAAAAAGUUUGAUAUAUCCAAACUGGCAGGACGCCAUGCGAUAACUGUGCACGAUACGUCGAGGCCGCCCGCCGAGUACAACACGACCUGGUCAAUCGACCUAUGUGCACCACUGAAGAAGAUCGACGGGGUUCUCGAUGCAGACCAGUGCCCGAUGGGGACUAGAGUCUGCGGAGUGGUUGAAUCGUGGAACCCGGUUGAUGACCCGAAGAAGAAACAUGUCGAAGUCGAGAACGUGAUCCCCGUCGCCGGGAACUUUGACUCGAGUACAGGCAAAAGCCUCGAUCCAAAAGUCACGCGGCUGAAAGCGCAGGACGUCAAUGCGAAUGGAUUACAGAUCGAGCUGAACGGUGGAUACUACCACAAGAACAAGCAGCGAGCGGUAAUCCAACUACAGUGUGACCCUGAUCGGACAGGUAACGAAGCAAGGCGCCUGAAGAGAGCCGAAGAAGACGACGACAACGACGAAGAAGAAGAGGAUGGUGACAACGAACAAAACUCAACUUCGAGCUUGUCGUUUGUGAGUUACGGUCCGGUCGAAGGCAAGGAGAAGAUCGAGGUGGCACGUUUCAACUGGAAGACGAAAUAUGCCUGCGAAGACUACGCCGACAGCGAUGAGGCAAAGCAGGCUGGGUGGGGCUUCUUUACGUGGUUCAUCCUGAUUACUUUCCUCGGUAUCGCCGCCUACCUCAUCUUCGGCUCCUGGCUGAACUACAACCGUUAUGGUGCCCGGGGAUGGGACCUGUUGCCGCACGGAGACACCAUUCGCGACAUCCCAUAUUUGUUUAAAGAUUUCUCGAGGAAAGUCGUCGACACGGUUUCCGGGGGUGGGUCGAGAGGUGGUUAUAGUGCUGUAUGA